AUGAGGACAUUGGUAUUGUUACUUGUGGCUUUAAUAGCCGUCGCUCAAGCCGUGUCAAUUUAUGAUUCUGCAGCUCGGGAAUGGAAUACUUUUAAGGCCGAACAUGGAAAGAGCUACACGAAUGAAAUCGAAGAAGAAUUGCGAUUGAAAAUCUUCAUGGAAAAUAAGCAAAAAAUUGCUGAGCACAACGCAAUGUUCGAGCAAGGAUUAGUCACCUACAAACUAGGAUUUAACGAAUACUCCGACAUGACACAUCAUGAAUUCGUGCGCACAAUGAACGGCUUCAACAAGUCGAGAUCAGGAAUACCUGACAGUUCCAAAAAGAUGAAAGCAGCGCGAUUCGCGUCGCCAGCACACGUGCAACUGCCUGCGAGUGUAGACUGGAGAAAGAAAGGUGCCGUCACCGAUGUCAAGAAUCAAGGGUCCUGCGGUUCAUGUUGGGCAUUCUCAGCAACGGGUGCACUAGAAGGACAAAACUUUCGCCAGACCGGCAAAUUAGUAUCCUUGAGCGAGCAAAAUCUUCUCGACUGCUCUGAUGAUUACGGUAACGACGGUUGCUCCGGUGGUCUCGUGGACAGUUCCUUCAACUACAUCAAGGACAAUAAAGGUAUCGAUACCGAGAAGACAUACCCAUACAAAGCACGUCAAGGCCAGUGCCAUUAUGACCCACACAACAGGGGCGCCGAGGAUGUUGGUUACGUGCACAUUCGCUCUGGGGACGAACAACAGCUCACGGAAGCUGUUGCCACUAUUGGCCCGAUUGCCGUCGCUAUGGAUGCAUCACACUUUAGCUUCCAAAACUACAGAUCUGGGAUCUAUUACGAGCCAAAAUGCAAAAACCAAAACGAUUACCUUGAUCAUGCGGUCCUCAUAGUUGGCUAUGGUACCACUGAAAACGGAAUAAAUUACUGGCUGGUAAAGAACAGUUGGGGACAUAGUUGGGGAGAGAAUGGUUACUUUAAGAUACCGCGUAACAAGAAUAACCAUUGCGGUAUCGCUACUGAUGCCCUUUAUCCUCUUGUUUAG